AUGCGGACAAAAGGCGUUUCUCUCACGUUGAUUUUUAUCCUACGAAAUGCCAAUGCGAUAUUCAAGCACGAAAACUACGUUCCGAAUGCACCGCAAAAUGUUCGCGUCAAAACGCAGGCGACAUCGGCGGUCCUUUGGUGGGAAGCGCCGAGCGAUACCAGUGUUCUGAUUCGCGGCUACACUGUCGAAUAUGGCGAGGAAAGCAUUUCAAAGCGAAUUGUGAUUGAGGGACCCGAUAGCACGUCAUUCACGGUGACACGGCUCGAACCGGAUACGAAUUACGUGUUCGCCGUGUCGGCGUACAACGAGGCUGACGGCGAGGACGGCGCGAAGGUGAUGUUGACGGCGAAAACGCUGCCGCUCGAUGGGUACACGUCGGAGAAGUUGUGGCCGCCAACAUCGGUGCGAUCGAAAAUUCUCGACGACAAUGUCGCAAUUGUGUCGUGGGACGAUCCGAAUGCCGAGCAAUCCAGCGAGAAUUCCAUCGACGCCCAUCAACGGCAGUACAUCGUCAAUUAUGGGAUUCAUGGCGAAGAAAUUCAGCAAAAAGUUCGUUCAAAUGCGAAAAGUGUUAAAUUGACGAAUCUUCUUCCCGGAAAAGAAUACGAGGUUGCGGUAAAAGUGGCAGCUGGGAAUGGCAUGGAAAGCUCAUGGAGUAUACGCGAUUUGUUUGUAGUACCAGAAGUCAAAAAACCCUACGAGGCGUCAAAGUUUGAUUGGUCAUGCCAUAUCGACGAUGAGAAUAUGUGUUCGCUUUCACUAUCGCCACAUUGGAAAUUUUGUGCGGCUCGCGAAGAUCAUCACACAAAACGAAUGAGCGGCGUUUGUCCGAAGACGAGCUAUCCGCACCAUACGGCGCUCAUUUCGACGCCGCCCAUCGAAUUGCCGAACGCGCAAAAUCUUUGCCUUCACAUGCAAUACGCGCUACUCCAAUUCCAUCCCGGACACAUGAAGGUGGAAAUAAUUGGCGGCUCGAACGCUUCAACUCGAAAUGUCGUUUGGAAGACGAAAAUGGCCAACGUCAAAACGCACAUCAUUCAGAAUCUCUAUUUGCCGAUUGCCCGACAAAUCAAUCCGUUUAAAAUAGCGAUCAGUGUGAAAUGGGACAUCGAGCAUCAAAUUCCUCGCCUGAUAUUCCACCAUUUUGCCGUGAGUAGUGGCGGCUGCGCUGAAAGGACAAUCGACACCGAAACUGAAGUCGAUUUGCUGGCACCUGUCGAAGCGUCGCUGAACGCCGACUCGCGUGUGUUUCGCGCCAAAGGCAUCGACUCACUACCGGCGAUUGGCAUUCAGCGAGGCGUCGAGAUUGCGGUCCCCUAUCGAUUGUAUCUGCCGAGGAAUUUCUUCAAACAAUUCUCGCUGUUGGCCACCGUCAAACCAAUGGAUAAAAUGGGCGGCUAUCUGUUCGCCGCGGUGAAUGCCUUCGAUUCGGCGGUUGAUAUUGGAUUGCUCAUUGAGCCUUCAGGAACGAAACAAUCGAACAUCUCGUUCAUAAUUCGAUCGACCGCGAUUGCCAGCUUCAUCGUCGAGGAUUUCUCACAAGAAUGGACGCAAUUCGCGUUGGAAGUUUCGCCGACGACGGUCACAUUUUACUUCAAAUGUCAGCGAUAUGGUACCAAACAUAUAUCAUCACUUCCAAAUAUGAAUUUUGACGAAGCCGAAAAAUUGUACAUCGCCAGCGCAGGACCCAUAAUCGACAACGGAUUUGAGGUGAUGCGCGUUGAGCUCAUCGCCAUUCUCCUGUUGGCCGCCGGAUUGGCGAAUUGCCAUGACGCGAUUGAUGGUGAUGAUGACGAUGAGGUGCUGCUCACCGAAAAUUGGGAGCAACUCGCGUUCAUCGACAAUGAGACCGAUGAGCGCAAUCCGACCGUUUAUCAAAUUCAAUUGGCGCAUGACAAUGUCCAUUUGCGGCACGUUCGCUCAUCCAAUGAGGACACAUCGAUUCCGCCCGUCGAGCCGAUCGAGGGCGCGAUUCAAGAGCUCAAAUUGAUUGAUGAUGCGAGCCAGGGGGCGAGCCAAUGCGACGAGCAAUGGUGGCGACAGCGGAAACUUGAAAAAGAUGGUAUUUCGAAGAUUGAUGGCUCCGGAAGCGCCGAAAUGAGCAAUGCGCCCGAAGUGGAAGUCAGGAAAUCCCAAAUCCUUCCGCCGAUUCCGUCGCCACCGCCGCCACUUCCGAAUCCGAUUCAACAAGAGGAUCAGAUCACUGUUGCGAAAAUGCUGCCGCAAACGUGCCAGCAAGUUUGCAAAGGAGAAAUUGGUCCAAUGGGUCCGCCGGGACCGAAAGGAUCGGACGGAAUGGACGGUGUACCUGGAUCGCAUGGCGCGCCGGGACGACCGGGAGAACCCGGCCCAAUGGGUCCGCCGGGGCUUCAGGGCGAACGCGGCGAUCAAGGACCGCCGGGACCCGCCGGAAUGCCAGGACUUCCCGGACCACCAGGUCCAGUGGCUGCACACGUGAAUCAAGUCGGCGGACAGUCGGUAGCCGCCGUUGAAGGACCUCCCGGACCUCCAGGACAACCCGGUUUGCCGGGACCACCAGGACGUGACGGAUUUCACGGCGAGCAAGGGCCGAUGGGACCACCCGGGCCACCGGGACCGAGAGGCGAAGAUGGCCGAAGUGUGGAAAAUUUGUCGGAGGCGGACGUCGAGCGAAUCGCGCGGCGCGUCGCGGCGCUGUCAAAAUACAACAAGGUUGCUGAGAACGUACACAAGCCGUCGGUCGACUUUGGUCGCGCUUCAAUGACACCCAACAUAUACGCAACAACUGUGGAAUUGUUCGCGUCGGCGCGUGCAACCUCAGUUGGGCAACUCGCGUUCGCCACGUCAUCACAGCAAUUGUUCAUCAGAGUCAAUAAUGGCUGGAAAGAAGUUCAGCUUACCCAUUUCCAUCCUGCAGUUGAAGCGAGAAAAUCAGCACAAAAUUCGAGACAGAAUGAUGUUGGCGAGAACCCACCAAUGUCUAUUUGGCAGCCACGACCAGUUGAGCACCCACAAAGAGACGGCGCGCAUAAUAAAGAUCGCAAGAUUCAUAUGAUUGCUCUCUCGAAUCCGACGAAUGGAAAUAUGCACGGACUUCGCGGCGCCGACCUCCAAUGCUAUCGAGAAGCGAGAGCCGCCGGCUUCACAACGACAUUCCGAGCGAUGCUGAGCAAUAAUGUUCAGGAUCUAGUGAAAAUCGUUCAUCACGCCGACGCUGACACGCCCGUCGUCAAUCUUGCCGGACAACAUCUCUUCCCAAGUUGGCGAGCUUUCAUCAAUGGAGCCCACAUAUCACAAGCUCAACUAUUCUCGUUUGACAGACAUGAUGUUCUGCAUGACUCGAAAUGGCCAGACAAACGCAUUUGGCAUGGUUCGAAAGCGGAUGGCACUCGCGGCGAGACCUAUUGCGAUGGUUGGCGUAGAGCUGAUGCAAAUCAGCACUCAUUGGCUGGUUUUGUGUUCUCCAACACAAGCCUUCUACAGUCCGCAACUCGUGUGGCGUGCGACACGAAGCUUGUCGUUCUCUGCGUCGAGAACAUGUCGAAAUACCACAUCGAAAAAAUUCUAAGACUGCGUCGACUUCAGCACGACUUUUAG